GGAUGACUGUCGCCUGCCACGCGCCAGGCACAGCAUGGGAAGGCGCUCCUGUUGCCGGCGGCCCUUGCCGGUGGUGGCAAGUCUGGGUGCUGCGCUCCUGCUUUUGUGUGCCCUGUGUGCCCUGCGUCCUGCAUUUGAAAACAAAGUUCUGGGCUCCAGCUGGUUCGGAGGAGUGAGGAAGAGUCCCCUACAGCUGUUGCAUGACCUGGACCAGGGUCCGCGCUCCGCGAUGGCCGAGGUGCACCAGCAGCGGCGCGAGCUGCUCCGCCGGGCCUGCAGCCGCCACACUCGACGCCAACGUCUGCUGCAGCCGGAGGACCUGCGGCAUGUGCUGGUGGACGACGCGCACCGGCUGCUGUACUGCUACGUGCCCAAGGUGGCCUGCACUAAUUGGAAGCGCGUGCUGCUGGCGCUGCGCGGCCGCGGGGACCCGAGCGCGAUCCCUGCUCACGAGGCGCAUGCGCCUGGCCUGCUGCCCUCGCUGGCCGACUUUGCACCGGCUGAGGUCAACCGGCGGCUGCGCGACUACCUGACCUUUCUCUUCGUGCGGGAGCCCUUCGAACGCCUGGCGUCAGCCUACCGCAACAAGCUGGCGCGGCCACACAGCGCGGCAUUUCAGCGGCGCUAUGGCACGCGCAUCGUGCGUCGCCUACGACCACACGCGCAGCCCGAUGCGCUGGCCCGCGGCCACGAUGUGCGCUUCGCCGAGUUCCUGGCCUACCUGCUCGACCCGCGCACGCGCCGUCACGAGCCCUUCAACGAACACUGGGAGCGCGCGCACGCGCUGUGCCACCCGUGCCUCGUGCGCUAUGAUGUAGUGGGCAAGUUCGAGACGCUAGCGGAUGAUGCCGCCUUCGUGCUGGACCUGGUGGGUGAGCCUGGGCUACGCUUCCCUGCUCCACCGCUGAGGCCAGAGAAGGACCUCACACGUGAGCAGGCCCGGCGCCUUUUCCAGGACAUCAGCCCCUUCUACCAGCGUCGCCUUUUUAACCUCUAUAAGAUGGACUUUCUGCUCUUCAAUUACUCUGCCCCCUCCUACCUGCGACUGCAAUAAGGGUGUUGGAUGCAAUAGGGCCAGUGGCUGCUGUGACCAGGAGGCCACCAGGAGGUCUGGAACGAACCUGGUUGUGUGGAUUGGAGACCUUAUCCAGUGGGCCUAACCAAGAGUCUGGCCACUGGCCACACUCAUUCCGACUGGGUAGGGCACAGCUUGCUUUAGUUUGAUGCAUGUCUCUUCCUCCACCUCUGCAGAUGUCAGGCUUCUUCCUAGGACUCCAGGUUUGUAAAUUUUUUUGGUUUGGUUGUGAGAGGUCAUUUCUCAGUCUUGUCUGUGCAGAACCUGACCAUGGCAUGGUGCUAUAAGACAGAAUGCCAUGGUUUGGUUCAGUGUGGCUUGAGAGUUCCAGCCCUGUGUCCUCUUCUCUCAGGCUGGCAAGGGCACACAUGGCCAGAGAGAAGCUGUGCCCUGGCCAGUUUCGGGACGAGAGGUAUGGCCACCCUUGUCAGCAUUUACUGCUUAGGAGUUAACAUGAGCUGCCUGCCACCCCAGCAGUCACAGGAUGGUGAGCAGUACCACUCCACAUCUACCUGGCUGAUCUACCUUUGAUCUCAGCCUUGCAAGAGACUGGAUCUUCCCGUGUCAGCAAAGGCCAAGAUGCAGUACUGUGGCAGCUUUUUCAAC